UCUGGACAUUCGCCAGAGAAUAUCGACGAGAACUCACCUUCGCUUUUACCUGAGAAGACUAACACCCAACUUUGACUGAAUAGAACAGAAAAAAAUAGUUAUUUAAACGAUAAGUGCACGAUAAAGGAUAACCUUCAACUAGCCGAUCGAUUGUCCUGAACACUAUAAUCAGCUAGGAAAUCCGGUUAACUUUUUCGACAACAAUACGUAAAUCUUUUUUACAAGCAAUUUAAGUCAGUUGCGUAACAUUCCCAUUCCAUUAUAAUUCCUUUUCACGCACACAUCUUCAAAAGUAACGUGCACCAUGAUUAUCUUACACAAGAUUAUAUAUAUCUUGGCAAAUAUAUCACGACUUUCUCUGCAAAUUCUUUACUACAUCUGUGAGAGCAUAUAUUACAAAAUAUUUGGAUUACAGAAAAAGAGCGUGGCUGGUGAGAUUGUUUUGAUAACAGGUGCAGGUCACGGUAUAGGCAAAGAGUUGGCGAUUCAAUACGCGCUUUUAGGUGCAAUAGUUGUAUGCAUAGAUGUGAAUCAACAAUCAAAUGAGAAGGUGGCAAACGAAAUCAAGGAAAUCAAGAAAACUUCGGUAUAUACGUAUCAAUGUGAUGUAUCUAAUAGAAAACAAGUUUUCGAAGUAGCUAAAAAAAUAAAACAGGAAAUCGGUGAUGUUACCGUUUUAAUUAAUAAUGCCGGUAUAAUGCCUUGCCACAAAUUCCUGGAUUACAUAAGCGAUCAGAUCACACGAGUCUUUGACAUCAAUGUAUUAGCACAUAUUUGGAUGUUAGAAGCAUUUCUACCAAGCAUGAUAGAAAAAAAUCAUGGUCAUAUCGUUGCGCUCUCGUCGCUAGCUGGACUUGCAGGGGUUCCUUAUUUAGUGCCUUAUAGCGCUACAAAAUUUGCAGUCAAAGGUCUUAUGGAAACGCUUGAACAGGAGUUACGAACAUCUAGCCAGGGAAAAUCUUUAAUUAAAUUCUCUACCAUUUAUCCUUACAUGUCAGAUACGGGACUUUGCAAAAAGCCAAAAGUAAAUAAAAUGCUUUCAAGCUUUAUGCCAUUAAAUACGUCACAAUAUGUAGCUGCAGAAAUAAUUAAUGCUCAACGGCAAAACGUAUGCAAUCUGACUGUACCAUCAUUUUGGUUAUUAUGCUUUUCAUUAAUUAGAUUUUUGCCCGAAAAGGCACAAAACAAAGUAAGAGAUUUUCUGGACGCUUAUGUUGAACCAGAGAAUUAAUUAAUAUAAAAAUUGCGCAAUUGCGUAUCAAAUUUUCGAAGAUAUAUGAAAAAAAACAGAAGCCAUACGCGAUACAACUAUAUCUAUUUUUUUGAAUAUUACUGUAUUGUAUUUUAUUGUAUUUUUUAUUUUAUCAUAUAUCGCAUUUAUCG